AUGUUUGCUGCUGCAACCAAAAACUUCGUUAAACAGGUUGGUGAUGGAGGAAGAUUAGUUCCCGUGCCCAGCCUCAGUGAAGCUGACAGAUACCAACCUCUGAGCCUUGUGAUUAAAAAAAGAAAAUGUUUGCUUUCGAAAAAAUCUAAAUUUGCUUCAACACCUUUCACAUUAAAAGACAUUCUUCAAGGGGAGAAAGAAAUUUCUGCAGGUGUCUCGUCUUACCAGUUGCUCAACUAUGAAGACAAAUCAGAUGUUUCACUUAACGGCAGAAGAGGAAAUCAGAUAAUGAAUGAUGUUGGUUUUGAUGUUGCUGGAUCAGAUUCUAUUGCCUUUAAAGCUUCAUUUGGCAUAGUGACCAAACAUGAAGUUGAAGUACCAACAUUACUGAGAGAACUUACUACAAGAAAAAUAAACUUUGAUCAUUGUCUAGUCCAUCAAUCAAGAAAAAGUAGGAUGGAAAUUUUGUGUGUGGUCAUGGAAAGUAUUCGAACUACAAGGCAGUGCUCAUUAACUGUCCAUACUGGAAUGCGUGGAGAGACAAUGAGGUUUCACAUAAUUGAAGAUCAGAAUUCUAAAGGGCGGGACAAAGCCAUUGUUUUUCCUGCACAUACAACUAUUGCUUUUAGUGUAUUUGAACUCUACAUUCAUUUGGAUGGUAAUUUCGAACUCUGUGUGACUCCAAUUGCAAAAGGAGGAUUUGAAAGAGAGAAAUCUGGAUCAUCUUCACUGACCAAAUUCAGGAGAUUAAAGAAUAAUCUGUUUCAUCGAAAUAAAGGAGUAGUGGAAAUCGUUGCUAACUCUGAUCCUUACUUGGAGGACCUUUUUACAGAUUAUUAUGAAAAAGCUGCAAGCAUGACUGAUCUCUCUACAAGCUAUCUCAGAGACGGUUCUCAUAUCCGAAUUAAUCUACUUAAUAACAACAUCCCCAAAGGCCCCUGUGUCCUCUGUGGAAUGGGAAGUUCAAAAAGGGAGACAGUCUAUGGAUGCCUGGAGUGUUCUUUUAAUGGACAGAAGUAUGUACGACUGCAUGCCGUGCCCUGUUUUGACCUCUGGCAUAAGAGAAUGAAGUAACUGAUCUGGGUAAGUGCCUGUUAUCACAGACAUGGGCAUAACUGUGCCACAAACUUUUCAGAGUUAGCAAAUAUGCCUCCAAUUGUGACAUGCAAAACAGUGAAAGUGCAAAACAUUUUAUUACACUGUUUUCUUCAAAUUCUGUGCUUUGCAGUCAAUGACUUCUACUUUAGAAUGCACACGAAUUUCCUGACAUUGCUGUUUUUCCUAGAACCUUCUCAUUAUCAUGAUAAUGAAAAACAUACUUUUAAAUAGUAUUUUCAUAAUGUCAGAAUAUAUGCUAGAACUUAAAGUUGUUUACACAAACUUGUUGUUAAACCCAAAAAUGUUGCCUUUCUCUA